CGUAAUCUUUUAUAGUUUAUUAUACUCACUUUGCCGUAAACAUUUCUUGUCUUGGAUCUUUAGUCGGUGCUACUAUCAGACUAUCAUGCGCGUUGACGGUGAUAAGGGUGUCAGAAUGAAUAACACAAUUCCGUUGGAGUUACCAGCAACGCUGCCGUAUGAUUUCUACCUGGUUACCUGCCGCAACAGCUCUGAAGUUAUUAUUUACGAGAAUUUAUUCUCCAAUAUUUCACCAACGUCUGUUCAUCGCGACUUCCUGUUGGCAGAGGAAUCACCACAACACUUAAGCGUCAUCUUGUUCGGUAUUGAUUCAGUAUCGAGGUCAUCCGCCAUUCGCAGACUCCCUAAAACAAUGGAAAUUCUGAGAGAUAUGCAAGCCUACGACUUUAAAGGUUAUACAAAGGUUGGUGAAAACACCUUUCCUAACCUGAUACCGCUUCUGACUGGGUUGAACGUGUCUGAAUUACAUUUACCUCAAAAGCCAUACAUGGACACAAUUCCCUUUCUGUGGAAGAAUUAUUCUAAAAAUGGCUAUACAACGUUUUAUGCUGAAGAUACGCCGUACAUGGAUACAUUUAAUUACUUAAAAGGAGGGUUCCAGGAUCCUCCCACUGACCACUACAUGAGACCAUAUCAGCUAGCCCUCAGAAACGCCGUAAAAAGAAAUUACCCAUAUAUUAACUAUAAUUGUUAUAAUGGUAUGUCAAGGCAUUCACUACAAAUCAAUUACCUCAAGCAGUUUUUGGAUCUAUAUAAAGGGAAGCGUCGUUUUGCCUUGUCCAUGAUCAAUGUUUUAUGUCACAAUUCUGAGAAAACUCUUCAAUAUGGCGAUAACGAUUUGCGCGACUUUGUACGGUGGAUGGGGAAUGAAGGACAUCUAAAACAUACAGUUUUCAUCAUCUUUAGUGAUCAUGGAAAUAGACUCAGUGGUAUAAGAAGCACACCUGUCGGCUUUUUAGAAGAUCGCAUGCCAUUGAUGCAAAUGAUUAUACCAGAACAACUAAAAUCAAGACAUGCGACGGUACAUGAAUCGUUGCUUGCGAAUACAAACAGACUAACAACCCAUUUCGACCUUCAUCAAACUAUAGUUGACGUUUUGAAACAGAGAUUUUCAAGACCAUCUAUUGCUUAUCGCGAAGGCAAAGUUCGCGGAAUAAGUCUCUUUCAGACAAUUCCCUUAGCAAGAACUUGUAGAGAUGCAUGCAUCCCAGAUACCUAUUGCGUCUGUGACCAAACAAUUGAGGAACCAACAUCUCACGCUUUAGCAAAAACAAUGUCAGAAACAGGCGUGCAAAUGUUAAAUCACAUCAUGUUGUCAGAAGAUCGAUGCGCUAAACUAACAUUCCAUAAAACUACUUCUGUUCGAAGGUAUUUAAGGACAAUUAACAAAUUAGGUCACAUACAAACGGCUUUGUCUCUUUUUUGGAAUGCCGAAGGUUUAGACAGAUAUGUUGUGCAAUUUCAAACAACACCAGGGUUUGGUAUAUUCGAAGCAACUAUUGGCGUUUAUAAAGAUGGCGGUGUACGUGUUGAGAGUGAUAUAGACCGAGUGAACUUGUACGGGAACCAGUCAGCAUGUGUACAAGAUGCUUUGUUAAGAACGUACUGUUUUUGCGUGUAGAAAUACC